GGAGAAGAUCUUCCUCUAAGUCCCCGAAGUCCCCUGACUCCCCGUCAUGGGCCAGGUUUGGCAGAUGUUUGCCAGUAUGAUGAAUGGAUAGCAGUACGCCAUGAAGCUACUUUGGUACCUAUGCAGGAAGAUUUGACAAUCUGGCUAAAUGGUUUAUUGGGUGUUGAUGUCAAGGCAGAAAGAUUAUUAGAAGAACUUGAUAAUGGUGUCCUUCUGUGCCAGCUGAUCAAUGUAUUGCAAAACACAAUUAAAACAUGUUGUGAUUCUGAGGAACUAGAAGAUUUUCCAAUGAGAAAAAUUCCCUGUAAAAAAGAUGCCCCAUCAGGCUCAUUCUUUGCUAGAGACAAUACUGCCAACUUCCUUCACUGGUGCAGGCGUGUUGGUGUUGAUGAAACUUACCUCUUUGAAUCUGAAGGUUUAGUUUUACACAAAGAUCCUAGACAGGUUUAUCUUUGCCUUCUGGAAAUUGGGAGAAUUGUAUCAAGAUAUGGGGUUGAACCACCUGUAUUAAUAAAACUUGAGAAAGAGAUAGAACUAGAAGAAACCUUGCUAAAUACUUCUGGGUCUCUCCUACCAGAAAGCCCACCAAAGACCUGCUGUCAUCAUGGAGAGCUCCAUGAAGCUGUUAAGCACAUCGCUGAAGAUCCUCCAUGCAGUUGUUCUCAUCGAUUUUCCAUUGAGUAUCUGUCUGAGGGACGCUACAGAUUAGGAGACAAAAUACUUUUCAUAAGAAUGCUUCAUGGCAAACACGUGAUGGUUCGUGUUGGUGGAGGUUGGGAUACCCUUCAAGGUUUUCUGCUUAAAUAUGACCCCUGUCGAGUGUUGCAAUUUGCAACUCUGGAGCAAAAAAUCCUUGCGUUUCAAAAAGGCAUUUCUAAUGAGAGCAUUCCCGAUUCACCUGCCAGAACCCCCCCACCACCUUUAAUGGAUCCAAUGUCGGCUGUCAAUAUGAUUCAGAAGCAGAAUUCGAGACCUGGCACACCAGUUUCUGUACUGAGGGCCAGGGAGAAGCAGACCAUUAGCAAACGCCCUCAGUCUCCUGCUCGGGCAUGUGCUACACCUACACUGCCUCUGCCCAGCUCACUAAAAGCUGGUCACUCAAACUCUGGGCGUUCUAAAGCACCAAAUUCAACAACAACAGCUUCUCCUCAACAUCUCACGGGUUCAAAAGGAGCACCAAAGAAACCACUGGCUCUUGCCCAUCCAGUCAGUAAAAGCACUUCUUCCCCUGGUUCGUUGAGGACUGCAUCGAGUGUCUCUGAGUCUCUACGCAAACGGGUCUUGUCCCCUGACCACUCCAAAGUCAGGUGCCCACCAGUGCAGAAUUCAGGGAGCAGGCCUCCUGCUGCUCAUCUUUCCCAGAAGUCUUCUGGGCAGUUGAAGCACAAUUCAGUUUCUUGCAAGCACAGUGCAGCGUCUCACUCAGCCUCACCAAAGCCCCUCAAGCUUCCCACAGCAAAUGGCCAGCUAAGAUCUAAGCCUUCUCCGUCUCUUCAGUCCCCAGCAAAACUAGCAAAACCCAGCACUAAAAGCACAACAGAAAGACCAGCAGCAGCACACGCUCAGCCACCCAGCAGAAGGCCGCAGACGGCGAGAGCCCAGCCCCAGAAGUUCAAAUCAGCCCAGAAUUUAAAGCAGCUAGUUUCUGCAGCCUCAGGUUUUCCUGCAAAAACAGCUUGCGUGGCCACCUUGUUGGGACCGAAUGGUAAAAAUGUGCCUUCUGAGACAAAAAAACAGUCCCAGAAUAAGAGUAAAGGCAUCCCGGCAGGGUCUGGCCUCUCUGAGUCUUCUGCACGUACCCCAUUGUCAGUUGUCAAGCUUUCCCAGUCUUCCACCAAAACACAGACUUUAGUAAAGGCUGUUCUGCCUACCCCAAAGGGUCAGCCUUUGGUGAAAACCCCACCAAAGUGUGGCAAAACCGUGGCUCUGGCAACCAAGAAAUUGCUCUUGUCUGGGAAGGAAACGGUCAGUGACAACGACAAACCCUCUCUGAAGAAAAAGGAGGAUGACCAUUAUUUUGUUUUGACUGGAAAUAAGAAAGCUAGAAAGUAACUAAAAAGGAGUGAGCACAGGAAGUAAGAAGAAAAGGAUCUAAUUUAUAUGUUCAAGAUCUUCAGUGAGUUCUUUUCAAUUUGUUGUGUCUGAAUGUGCAGCAGUUAGCUGUACUGAGAUAAAACACAAAACACCAAACACGGCAGAGAACACUGGAUUUGAGUAAGAAGACCUGGGUUUGAAUUCUUUCCGUUAUCUGUGGGCAUCCCAUUGGGUAAGCCUUAGUUCCCUCAUCUAUAAAAUGAGGGCACGUGAGUGGAUCUUAAAGGUUACAUCCAGCUCUGAAUAAUUGGGCAUAUUCAGCAAAAGAUGGCACCUAGGAGCUUCGAGCUGGGGGCGCACUGUGACAGUGUCUCUAAUGCGAAUGGCUUCCCAUUAUGCUCGUGUCUUUGUGUGCAAGAAAAGCUGAAAUGUUCAAGAACACUACUGAUAUUAUGGCUACAUCCAGUGCCAGUCUAGGAAAAUGUCAGCUCUAAGGUUGUGAUAUAUGUCCUUUAAGCAAUACUAAACUCUUGUUUGUAGCUUUGGCCUUUGUAUAUGGCAAAGUCAUCGUGCACCUACCUUUCCUGUUCAGCACUGCCAAUGAUGCAUAAAGCCAACUAUCACUGGUUGCUAAUGAUUGCUCUGAAUUACUGUAGCUUUUUUAGAACUAUUUUAAUUUUCUUGAUCGGUGCCUCCAGAUGGAUUCUGGACUGACUCAACAAAUACCUGUUAUUGUCAUGAAUAACAUUUUACUCUAUAGGCUUAAUUUAUUGACUUACUAAUACUGUACUGUAGAUAAAAUCUAAAUCUGGUUCAGUCUGCUAUCUGAAAACAUGGAGAUAUCUUGUACUUAAGAAAGGGAAAUGGUGUGCAAAGUUUAUGCAGAAAUGGAUUCAGUAGCUUUUAGAAAAACAUUUCCUAGCAAUUGUUUUUUAACACUGUACAUAAGAAGAGUUGACAUUUAUAAAGGUGAAUGUCAGAAUUCUUUUGGAUUAAAAUCUUUUAAGACAAGAAGUAUAUUUUGAGUAGUGCUAUAAAAAUUGGCUUUCAGAAAAUAGUUUUCUCUUUUUCUUUGAGAGUGUAGCUUUGCCAAUUUUAAUCACUUUCUCAAAGUUAUUCAUUUUUUUUAACCUGGAACAAAGUUUCUUUAAAAUUCAGAUAAUUUAGAUAAUCAGUGAGAAACAUUUGGUUCCAUAAACAUAGCCCUGUAGUAUGGAAGUGGAACUAAGUCAUGUAAUGAUAAUAUAGUAGAAGGAUGUGAAACUUGUAAAUAUUUUAAAGUGUUACAUUUUUCAGCUCUAAAAUUUAGGACAUCAUGCCUUUAGGGUAUUUUUGUAAUGUCGUUGUAUACUUUCCUGCAGGUUUUUAUAGUGAAUCAUGGCUUUUGUGCGUUUGAUAUAUUUAUAAUGAAAGUCACAGUUUCCUUUAAAAAAAAAAAACAGUAUACAUUUUUAGAAUCUUAUUUUCAAUGGCUUAAAUUGAUUGUCAAUAUUCUGCAGUCUAGAAAAUAGGAAAGCCUUCUAUAAAAUAUAAAUGCCUUGUCUCUCUUAGAUGCUCUUAAUAUACAGGGCUAUGUAGGUCAGUUUUCGGAAUGACCAUAAUGCUACAAAUGUGGUUUCAAAUAAUUCAAUUCAAAAAACAUUUGUUAAAUGUCUCCUGUGUACAAGACACUGUUAAGUGCUGGAAACUACAAAGAUACAAAAAAUUGCUGGUUUAAAAGGAAUGUUCACCACAUAGUUGCCCGUGGCCUACUGUAUUCAGGCAGUUUGAGAAGACCCACCCAUCAUUUCAAAAACAAUUCACUUUCUCCACAAAAGGUUCAUAAAUUAUUGCUCUUAUUAGCAAACUAAGAACUAAUAUAACAUAAUAUAUGGAGAAAUGUUCACUGUUGAAACAUACUAGCAGUAUGAUCCUAGACAAGCCCUUUAACCAGGAAAAUGCCAACCUGCAGUGGGAGGUUCUGGGACCUCCCCAUGUUAAUGAAAUCACAGGCUAGUCUCCAUUCCUAUUAGUGAAUUAAAAGUUAAUGCACUUUCAAGAGAUAAGCAACUUGCAUUUAAGAAAGAUCAAGUCUAUACUAAGACCAAGGAUAACCUUUCUUUACUAAUGGCCUUCUAGAACUUUAAUAUUUUUGUAUUUUUGAUAUUUGAGGAAGCUAGUCUAUUUUUUAAAAGCCUAUCUAAUAUAUACACAGUUCUGUAUACUAAACUGUAGAGAAUUAAAAAUUUCUCUUGGCAUCUAACAUUUGUAAAUUGAAGGAGUUGGACUGGAAGACCUCUGGUCUCCUUUCUGCUCUAGAUUUGUGAUUCUCUGAUUUGGAACAGGAUUGUCCUGGAGUCCACUGCUGCCUCAUCAGCAUAUGGAGAUCCCCCUACAUCUCUCAAAAGCUGGAUGAGAGCACAAACUUAGUCAAAUCCUAUCUCCAGGCUGGGCCUGGGAACAGUCUUCGUGUUUAUCAUCUGAGACCGUGUAGCAAACUUUACCAGGCUCACUGUUGGGUACCGUGAAUUACUUGACUGUGCCAAGCUCUUGGAGACAAUCUGCUAUGUGACAUAGAUGAGUUGUGAUAUGUGUCCCUGCAAAAACACACACCAACCAAACCAUGGCUCCAACCGUGGCUCCCAACAAAAACAACGUUUCUGUAGUGUGGCCUGUUAGUCCUGGAGACGUCCCUCUUCAGUCAUUCUUGUGUCACACAUCUAUUCAAUUAGUCAUUGUUUUAUCCUGUCCCAAGAUUUUAACCACCUAAGCCAGUUAGUUUUCCUAAUUGCCAUUGAAAUGUGUCCCAGAUAACUACCAUUUUGUUAUAGUUUUCAGUAUCUUUUAGAUGUAACAUUUUGAUUUUAGACCAAGGAAGUCCCAGAGGUGAGAAGUGGGAGAGAAUAUUAUUUUCAGAAUUGUAUUUUGUUAUUUGAUAAAGUUUGAGUGUACAUAUCAAAUUACCAAAGCUCUUAGAAGAAGCAAUCAUGUUCACUUGAUUAAAAAAAAAAAAGUGCAAUAAGUUUUUAAUUACUUUGCCACACUUUUAUUAAUGUAAUGAAUGUGUUAGGGCAAACUUCUAAAGAAAUCACAACACUGAUCCUUUUUAGAUUAUUUGGUCUUGAAUAAGCUGCUGAAAUUAAAUAUGGGCAUAGAUCUUUAAAAAGGACAGUGUUAAUUGUCUAUAAUGCAAUUAUGUAUGUGCUAGUGACUAAAAAAGUAUUCCGCAUUACCAAAAAGGUCUGGAAUUCUUAAUAUCUACUUUUAUGAAGACUCAAUACUUGACUUUGAAUUCACAUAUUUGUUGUAUUGGUUUUCUUUUACUACACAACUUACUUUAAGUAUUAAAUAUUCAAGUAUUAAAAUAUAAAAACUCA